CUCUACUAAAAGGGGGCUUGGACUUCUCAUCACACUCUCCGUGUGCCUAGGUUGAACCAUCCCAACGUAGUAAGAGCCUGUGAAGUUCCCGAGGAGAUGAACUUCCUUGUGAACGACGUUCCUCUGCUGGCAAUGGAGUAUUGCUCGGGGGGGGAUCUCCGCAAGUUGCUGAACAAACCUGAAAACUGCUGCGGACUUAAGGAGAGUCAAAUUCUUUCUCUUCUUAAUGACAUUGGGUCUGGUAUUCAGUAUUUGCAUGAAAACAGAAUUAUCCACAGAGAUUUAAAGCCUGAAAAUAUUGUUCUUCAGGAUGAAGGGGGGAAGGUUGUCCACAAGAUUAUAGACCUGGGAUAUGCCAAGGAUCUGGAUCAAGGAAGUUUAUGCACGUCAUUUGUUGGAACAUUACAAUAUUUGGCUCCAGAACUCUUUGAGAACAAAUCCUACUCUGUUACAGUCGAUUACUGGAGCUUCGGAACGAUGGUGUUUGAAUGCAUCGCGGGAUUUAGACCCUUCCUGCAUAACCUACAGCCUUUUACCUGGCACGAGAAGAUCAGGAAGAAGGAUCCAAAGCACAUCUUUGCUUCCGAAGAGAUGAAUGGGGAGGUUCGAUUCAGCACCCACUUGCCGCAGCCCCACAGCCUCUGUGGUUUGAUUGUAGAACCAAUGGAAAACUGGCUGCAACUGAUGCUGACCUGGGAUCCGCAGCAGAGGGGGAGCGGUGUAGAGCCCGAAACCGGCCGUCCCAAGUGUUUCCUGAUAAUGGAUCACAUCCUCAAUUUGAAGAUAGUGCACAUCCUGAAUAUGACCUCUGCCAAGAUUGUUUCGUUCCUCCUGCAACCCGAGGAGAGCCUUCACUCACUUCAGAUGCGCAUCGAGUACGAGACUGGAAUAACUACUGGCAAUCAGGAGCUGCUCUUGGAGACGGGCAUUUGCCUGGACCCUCGGAAACCCGCUUCCCAAUGCGUUAUCGAGGGGGUGAGAGGCUGGGAUAGCUACAUGGUGUAUUUGUUUGAUAAAAGCAGAACUGUCUACGAAGGACCCUUUGCGUCUCGAAGUCUCUCUGACUGUGUAAACUACAUUGUACAGGAUAGUAAGAUCCAACUGCCGGUGUCUCAGCUGCGCAAGGUGUGGGCAGAAGCAGUGCACUAUGUGAUUGGGCUGAAAGAAGAUUACAGCAGGCUUUUCCAAGGCCAGAGAGCUGCCAUGCUGAGUCUCCUUCGGUAUAAUGCCAACCUAAUCAAAAUGAAAAAUAACAUGGUGUCGGCAUCUCAGCAGCUGAAAGCCAAGCUGGAAUUCUUUCAUCAGAGCAUCCACCUUGACCUGGAGAGAUACAGUGACCAGAUGGCUUAUGGCAUAUCUUCAGAAAAGAUGCUCAAAGCCUGGAAAGAGAUGGAAGAGAAGGCCUCUCAGUGUGCACAGGCUGAAGAUAUUGGCUAUCUAGACGAGCAGAUCAUGGCUCUGCACACAGAAAUUGUUGAGCUGCAGAAGAGCCCGUACGCGAGGCGCCAAGGAGAAGUCAUGGAGAACUUGGAACAGAGAGCCAUAGACCUGUACAAGCAAUUAAAAACAAGGCCUCCAGAUCAUGCCUACAGUGACAGUACAGAUAUGGUGAAGAUUAUUGUGCAGACAGUACAGAGCCAAGACCGAGUUCUCAAGGAGCUCUUCGGUCAUCUCAGCAAGCUGCUGGGCUGCAAGCAGAAGAUUAUUGACUUGCUUCCAAAGAUUGAAGUGGCUCUAAAUAACAUCAAGGAAGCCGACAACUCAGUGAUGCAGAUGCAGGGUAAAAGACAAAGGGAAAUAUGGCACUUGCUGAAAAUCGCUUGUACUCAGAGCUCUUCCCGAUCACUGGUGAGUGCCAGUCUGGAAGGGACAGCAGCAACUCCAGCAGCCACGUGGCUCCCCCAGAGCUCAUCAGGCCAUGUACCUCAUCCCCUUUCAUCCAUGGCAACUGCUGGAGAUGGGGAAACGUUUGCCCAUGUGAUAGAAGAGAAUCUAAAUUAUCUCGACCUCUUCAGCAGUAUUUUGCAGGAGGCAAGGCAGGAGCAGAGCAACAGCAUGAUGGUAAGCCUGUCAAGUGUAUUUUUGAGGACUAUGAUUUUUUAA